GGUAGGGCAGUGUGCUGCUUUGUUUCUUCGUCCCUGUGCAUUGACGUAUCAUUUUGAGAGCAGUGACUGUGUGCAGCUGAGAGGCCUGGUUUCAGAUGCCGGUCGGAGCAUCCUCAGGCACAUUAAUAAUGGAGGAGUCUGACAGGAGCAGCUUUGCCUGCCUUUGUUUUCCACUGUAGGUGAAGGGAGACAUGGAUCUCUCUGUUUUGCCAAAUAACAACCAUCCUGACAAAUUCCUGCAGCUUGACGUAAAGUCUUUAAUGAGGAGCUCAGCCCUCCUUCAGGCCAGCCUGGCGAGGUUUCCGGGUGGAAAUUAUCCUGCUGCACAACACUGGCAAAACCUUGUCUACUCACAGUUUCAGAACCAAGGAGCAUUCCAAACUAAACCCGGGAGAUGGAGGGAAAGGCUAAGGAGGGAAAAGAAGAAUAUUGCUGCUCAGCGAAUUAGGGGAUCCAGUGCAGAGAGCCUUGUUACUGCUGAUAGCCCUCCACCAUCCAUGUCAUCAGUUAUGAAGAAUAACCCACUCUAUGGUGACCUAAGUUUGGAGGAAGCUAUGGAAGAAAGAAAAAAGAACCCAUCAUGGACCAUUGAGGAAUAUGACAAACGUUCCCUGCACACAAACCUCUCUGGACAUCUGAAGGAAAAUCCUAACGACCUGCGGUUUUGGUUGGGAGACAUGUACACUCCAGGUUUUGACACUUUAUUGAAAAAGGAAGAGAAACAAGAGAAGCAUUCAAAAUUUUGUUGUAUGGGUCUGAUUUUACUUGCCAUCAUCUCCAUCUUGGUUGCCAUAGUGACUAUUAUUACUUUUUUCACCUGAGGAAACUGCAGCAGUCAGAGCUACUUUAAAUUUCCUAAACUUUUUUCUGAUAAACAUUUGAAACCCCCCCAAAAAAUAACAAAAACAAUGUACAUGCAGUGUGAAUGGAUUGUUGAUUGUACUAUUAAAUGUAAUUGUCCUGAAGAACGUGAAUGUCGGAUGUGGCAUUCUGGCUUCUCCACUUUGUUCUAUAAAAGCUUUGUAAGAGUUCCAGCCUGAGCUUUGUCCUUUGGGAAGCAGGAAUUCUGAGGACCAUAAUCACAGAACAGUUACUAUAUGCAACCCACAUUAAAUAUCUUCAUAGGGAGCAAACAGUAUCAAAAAUUGUCAGCAGCUUUGUUUUCAUGCUUAAACUAUAUUAACCUUGUUUUAAAAAUACUGUUAACUCUUUACCACCUCAUCCUCCUGCAAUCACCAGAAAAGUUUGAGCUGAUAAUUUUUUUUUUAACCAACUGCUGGGUAGCUGGGAUAAAAAUCUUCUGGUUGUGCUGCCAACUGAGUUAGAUUCAUUCUCUGUUUUAUUUUCCUAUAUUUCUGUUUAAGUCAGAAAAAAAGGAAGGAGAGAAAUAUCUUAUUCAAAUCUAUUCUUAUUUCCCCAGUAAUCAUCUAUGAUGCCCCAGUUUCAGGCUGCAAUUUUAAUAGAAUUAAACUUGGAUAGGUUAUAGUUACAUAAUUAAUUACAUUUAGAUCCAAUUUAUCCAAAUUGGCUAUGACCCCUGGUGGCAGUUAGUGUGUGUAUAUUGCCAACCAUGGCCUAGUUGGGGGUCCCUAGGAAAGCAGAGGGAAUACUGCUAAGAGAACAGAGUUUGAAGCCUAACUGCUACUUGCUAACAGACUCUGGCAAGUUAUUCUCUCAGAGAAGGAAUGAUAUUACCUGCCCAACAGGGCUGGCCAAAGGACCAAAUACAAACCAGGUAUGAACAGUAUCUGGCUCGAAAUAAACAGUUGCUUAGUUAAAGGCUGUUGUUAUUAUUAAUUUGUGCUAGCUAAUUGACAACCUGAGUUUACCUUCCAUUGUCUGCAGAUACCUGGGGACAUGGUUGUAGAUACAGAUGGGGAAUCAAGUCAUCACCCUGCCCUUCCUUCUAGAAUAUCCUUUCCUAAACCCCUCAUUCCCACUCCUUUCUCAUCUAUAAGCAACCCAGCCAAAGGCUGCCUUAAGCAAGAAAUAAAAGAGGAACUUUCUCUUCUUCCCAUGAGCCUAAAGUCAGAUUUUGUUCUUUGAUAUUGCCAUAUCAUUUUGUUGUAUUUGUCUUAAAGAUGCUUGAAAUAAAGUACAGUAAAAGACAGUUUGGGAUGGGCGUGGUG